CAACAACAACAACAACAACAACAACAACAACAACAACAACAACAACAACAACAACAACAACAACAACAACAACAACAACAACAACAACAACAACAACAACAACAACAACAACAACAACAACAACAACAACAACAACAACAACAACAACAACAACAACAACAACAACAACAACAACAACAACAACAACAACAACAACAACAACAACAACAACAACAACAACAACAACAACAACAACAACAACAACAACAACAACAACAACAACAACAACAACAACAACAACAACAACAACAACAACAACAACAACAACAACAACAACAACAACAACAACAACAACAACAACAACAACAACAACAACAACAACAACAACAACAACAACAACAACAACAACAACAACAACAACAACAACAACAACAC